AUGUUGCCUAUCGUACGACUGGCAGCCACCUUGAAUUCCGUAAGAUUUGAUCGAGGAGUAAAUGCAGGAAUUGCAGUGUUUACUUACGAUCCUUUGGUCGUUGAGUCCUUCACCAGCUCGUCGCCAGUUGUUGAGUAUGUAGGAAGGUCAAAAUACAAAUUCUGUUGCGUUGGGAUUUACUGUCCGCAAUGUACAUUAAAAGUGGAAUUCCUAGCUUUUGGAAAAACGCUUUUGGUGAGCGAUGGUCUGCGUUCCACAUGCAAGGAUAUAGUGUUUACGACCAGCUUAGAGGCUGUUGUUCAACCGGGCUUAUAUCCACUAGAGGUUGCCUACUCCUUUGUGAACGAGAGCGCUGUCAUGGUAACAAAGAAGCAGGUUGGCGAGAUUCGGGUAAAAGUUGCUUGUCUACAAAAUCUCACUUUUGCGGACGGACUUCAAGAAUGGUUUCAAAUCGGCUGGAAAAUAGGUUUCUUCAGAAAGCUCCAUAAAGGACCCUACGCAUAUAUUUCUGAACCUGUUGAAAGCCGACUUGAGAGCCCGAUCCUGGAAUGGAAGCCUUUUCACCGUGUCUCUGGCCUAUGCGUCCGAUUCAGUUAUCUCAUGCCACAAAUCGAGGGUUCGUCAGAGAUACAAUUAUAUCAUAAUUCUACUACGAUCCAGCCCCGGUUAUUAUGGAAGCUCAGUGGUUACCAUGGUAUUGAGUGGUUAACAGCAAGUGUACCAUUGGAUGCGGAACAGGAUACAAAGGUAGAGUUCCUGGGUGUCUCAUCAACUAAUGGAUCAGUUGCUAUAGCAAUAGACGACAUCAUGAUCACAACAGAGAAUUGCACCACAAGCCCAGCGUAUGCUGCGACAGAUAUUUUGAACAUUACCACCAUCAUGAUCAGCAUCACCGCUUCUUCUCCCAAAGAAGAAAUACCCAAAAGAUUGCGCUGUAUAUGA